AUGUUUAUAAAAUAUUUUGCACGUGUAAAAUCAUCGAACAGGGACAUAAUCCCACGCAAUUCCAGUUCUAAGCAAUGGAACAGGAAUAAGCUUUUCCUCAGAUUCUUGCUGCAGGAUCGGCCAAUUCCGUCUCACGCAACGGUUAUAAAUACCUACGAAAAAUUCAAGAGGGUGGGCUGCUUACAUAAGUGCCGUAGCUGCAUGCACGCUGAAGGUUGGAAACCAAAAAUUAGCGAGAAAAGGGAGGAGAUCGAAACUGCUGUUUGUGCCGCUGCAGAAGUAUCUGAGCCAUGCUCAAGCAGAAAAAUUGCUGAAAUGGUACCAAUAGCCGAUCUCACACCCAGAACAACAAGAAAUAUUUUGCAUCGCAACGGCUAUCAUAGCUUCAAGGUUGGAACGGUUCAAGAAAUAUUUCCUUUAGACAAAUACCGUCGAAUGGAGUUUUGUGAAACGGUCAUGGAGAAGGCGAACAGGGAUGGAAGUUUUAUUGGUAACAUUUUGUUUACUGAUGAAUCCACAUUCCCUCUCCACGGUCAUCACAAUCCUUCAGUCGUUCGGUAUUGGUCUCGGGAAAAUAAACACCUCAGUAUUCCCGUCCGCACGCAGUAUCCACAGAAACUGAAUGUGUGGGCAGGAAUUCUAGGUAAUAACAUUAUCGGACCGUUCUUUAUUGAUGGAACUCUUACGGCUGCAAAAUAUUUGGCGUUACUACAGACGCAGAUUGUUCCUGCAAUUAGGCAGCUUGGCAUUGAUCUCGCUAAUAUUUGGUUCCAACAAGAUGGAUGCCCGGCGCAUAACGCGGCGAUCGUACACACUUACCUUGAAAGUGUGUUCGACCACCGGAUUAUUGGCGGUAACGGAACAAUAAAAUGGCCUCCUAGAUCACCCGAUCUAGCGCCCAAUGAUUUUUUCUUGUGGGGUUAUGUGAAAAGUACUGUUUACACUUUCAAUGAGAGAGCAGACAAUUUGCAUAACCUACAGGUGAAAAUCGUUGAAGCGCUCGGGCAAAUACAGCCUUCUACCCUCUUGAGAGUUCGUCAGGAGUUUUAUAACCGCCUGACAUACUGUUCAUUGAAUGAAGGAGACGUUUUUGAGCCCCAGCUGUGA